AUGGCAAUAUACAUUGACGAUGGCAUCAUUCCAGCAAAGGACGACAACAAAAUUCAGGCAGUCAUCAACUUUUUAAGAAAAGAAUUUGCAGUAAAAGUAUUCGAAGCUAAAUUUUUUCUUGGAUUUGAAAUUUUUUAUAAAACGGACGGAACUAUUUUUAUCAAUCAACAAUGCUUUGCCGACAAAACAGUGUCUAAAUUCGGGAUGAUGAAUGCGAACACAGUCUCUACCCCUGCAGAUACAUUUGCAUUCGAAAUGGUUAAAGAUAAUAAAACUUCAAGUAGCAGUAAUUUUCCAUAUCAUGCAACAGUUGGAAGUUUAAUGUACCUUGCUGUAGGGACGCGCCCGGAUAUCUCAUAUGCUUUGGGAGUUGUGAGCCGAUACAUGGAAAAUCCAAUGGAGGUUCACAUCAAGGCAUUAAAGUGUAUCAUAAGAUAUGUUAAAGGAACACGAAAUUAUGGUAUUGCUUUCAAUUCAAAUUCUUUAUAUACUUUUGAAUCCUAUAGCGAUGCUGACUAUGCCGGUGAUCGAAACACAAGGCGAUCAACAAGUGGGUAUAUCUGUUUCCUAGGAGAUGGUCCGAUCUCUUGA